GCCCGCCCUUUCAUUGAAGUUUGUCCCUCAGCGCGAUCCGUCGGCCGACCAGAAAAAACGACGUCUGAGAUCGACGCUUGCCGCUGAUGCGCCGCUGGCUCAAAAAUGGAGAGCGACACCACUGUCAGGAGAAUAAAACCAUUCGGGACACAUAAUUAUGUAGCGCAAAAUAACGACGGUUCCCUGGACCGGUGCGGGAAUAAAGGCUACAACGGCGACCCGAAGAGGAAGCCCGAAGUGAGCCUGUACUUGCUGCGGGAAGGACUGGCAGCUUCACUGGUUUCUGUGUUUAUUUUGGUGAUGUGGGGACUUGUUCAUUUCUCGUUACAGCAGCUCAUCAUUGGAAAACCGACCGGCGAGUUCAACGCAGUGAGAGCAAGACGGCACUUGGAGCAGAUCACCAGCGUCGGCCCUCGGCCAGUUGGCAGUCCGGAGAAUGAAGUCCUGACAGUGGGCUACUUAUUGGAGCAGAUUGAGAACAUCCGGGUUGAGACAGCAGCGGGCCCCCAUCAGCUCACGGUAGAUGUGCAGCGUCCCACCGGCUCUUUCUCCAUUGACUUUCUUGGAGGCUUCACCAGCUUCUAUGACCAUGUCACCAACAUUGCUGUCAGGCUGGAGCCUAAGGGUGGGACGCAGCAUCUCAUGCUAGCCAACUGCCACUUUGACACAGUGGCCAACAGUCCAGGUGCCAGUGAUGAUGCAGUGAGCUGUGCAGUGAUGCUGGAAGUCCUCCAUUCUCUGGCCAACCAGUCUGCUUCUCUUAAUCAUGGAGUUAUCUUCCUCUUUAAUGGAGCAGAGGAAAAUAUCCUGCAGGCCAGUCACGGUUUCAUUACUCAGCAUCCGUGGGCCAAGCAGGUGCGAGCCUUCAUUAACUUGGAGGCUGCAGGUGUUGGGGGCAAGGAGGUUGUUUUCCAGACAGGUCCAGAGAACCCGUGGCUGGUCCAAGCCUACGUUCAUGCAGCCCAACACCCCUUUGCCUCUGUGGUCGGCCAGGAGGUCUUUCAGAGUGGCAUUAUCCCCUCUGACACUGACUUCCGCAUCUACAGGGACUUUGGUAACAUCCCAGGCAUUGAUCUGGCUUUCAUUGAAAAUGGUUUCAUCUACCAUACCAAGUAUGACACUGCUGACAGGAUCCUGACAGACUCAAUACAGAGAGCCGGCGACAACAUCCUGGCAGUCCUGAGGUACCUGAUAAAGUCGGAGAAGUUAGCUGAUUCCUCAGAGUAUCGUCAUGGCAACAUGGUAUUUUUUGACCUGUUAGGGGUAGUUGUGGUGGCUUAUCCAGCCCGUGUUGGCACCAUCCUCAACUACAUAGUAGCCACAGCCACCUUCCUUUAUCUGGCCAAGAAAGCCUCACUACCAGGCAAUGGAGGUGGUCGCUAUGUUCGAGAUCUGGCCUGUGCCACAGGUGUAGCAGUCCUGAGCUGGUUCGUCACCCUGAUGUCAGUGCUGAUUGUAGCUCUGCUCGUCACUCUGCUCGGCCGCUCCAUGUUUUGGUACAACCACUUCUACGCCUCCAUCUGCCUGUAUGGGUCUGCUGCCACAGGCAAGAUGGUCCUCAUUCACACGCUGGCCAAGAACUUGUACUUUGGAGGUGUUCGUUUGGUGGAGCUGGGUGAUCUCUACUUUGACGUGAGCUUGUUGCUGUGGUGCUGCAGCCUGGUGUGGCUGACCCAGCAGGGCCUGUGUUCAGCCUACGUGCCCAUGCUAAUGGUGGCCUUCCCCCUGGCCACUAAACUGCUGCUGGCGAAAGAAUUUAAACAUAGAGGAGCAUCCUUGAAGUACAGUGUGCUCUAUCUGUUGGGCCUGGCAUUGCCGUAUGUCCACUUCAUGUUCCUCAUCUGGGUGGUGUUUGAGAUUUUCACGCCCAUUAUGGGUCGCAGUGGCACAGAAAUACCUCCUGAGCUGGUGCUGGCCUCCCUGGUCACCCUGGCAACCAUCUUCCUCUCCUCCUUUUUUCUGCAUUUCAUCUACUUGGCACGGAGCACGAAGUGGGUCCUGGCUGGUCUGGGCUCAGUCUUCAUCAUCAUGUUCCUGUUGAUGUCCUGUGGCCUGCUCUUUCCUUAUUCAGGCAGUCCAGACAGCCCUCGGCCAAAACGAGUCUUCCUGCAGCAUACGACACGGACCUUCCACAAUCUCCAGGGCCAGGUGGAGAGCCGGGACUCAGGUCUGUGGAUCAACAGUUUUGACUACACAGGCAUACAGCACAUCACACCCCACAUCCGUGAGAUCAACGACAGCGUUCGCACCCACUGCCGUGAGGACCGACCCUUCUGUGGUUACCCCUGGUUCCUGCCUGUGAAGUUCCUCAGCAAGAAGAACUGGUACCUUCCUGCUCCAGAAGUGUCUCCCAGCUCUGCAGUGGAGUUCAGCCUGCUGUCCAAAGAGGAGACCAGCUGGGGGACGAUCAAGAUGACCUUCAGCGUGAAAGGCCCCAGCCACAUGUCUCUGUAUCUGAUGCCUCACCGAGGAGCCAGCCUCUCCACCUGGUCCUUUGGUGACGGGAUGCCUCGGUUUGACCUGAGCGGAGAAUAUUUUGUCUUCUAUUCCCACGGCCUUGACGCCCCCACAUGGACCUUCUGGUUUGAAAUACAGCCUCCCAAGGACCUGGACCCAUCAGGCCCUGAGGGGAUAAUCUCUGUUGCCAUCUCCUCCCACUAUUUCUUUGGGCAAGACCAGAGGACUGCUCAACUGGAGGGAAUCCUCCGUAGGUUCCCCACAUGGGCCUUUCCUUCAUCCUGGGUCAGUACCUACGAUAUGUACCGAUACUGAGGACGCCACACAUCACAGAGACUGAUGCCGAGAAGAGCUGAGGGCUGCUGAGACAGACAGAAGAUUUCAAGGACCAAUAUUGAGGACCAGCCCUGCUGCCUUUCCACUCUUACACAAACACACACACUCAUGCUCCCUCCCAGCCUGCCUGAGAGACCCCCAUCACUGUGUCAGUAGGAUUAGUAGCUAACCAAGCAGGAAGACAUGCUGAGACAUGCCAGAGGUAAGCUGAUCAGACAGCUUACAGACCAACUAACUCACCAUCGGACGCACUGGCCGCCACACACCUCAUGCUCACCCCUGGGUUAGUGAAACAAAGGGGUUAAGAAUAUUUUUUUUGUACACAGUCUGUCGUAAUUUUGCUUUACUCACUUCCCUCCUCACUUUCCCCGUUGCUCACUUCCUCCCAUUCUUUCUGUCUCAUGCUGUCUGUCUCAAACACUCUUAUAACGUAACGUCACAUGGCUACCUCCCGUGCUCUCUCUUUAUCAGCAAAACACUCGGGCCAUUCUCAGAGUCAAUGUGUCUCUGCUGUCCUCAGCAAAAAUAACACCACCACUAUCUGCACUGUAGCUGUAGUAAUGUACUAAUGGAUCUGUUUGGGAAGAGAAACAAAGACGUGUUUUUGUUUGAUCCCACUUCCGACUUUAACUGGAAACUUUGACAUGUUGAAAGUCGCUUUUCAUCAGCACUCACUUGUUCAUACUACGAGCAGAUAGUUUUUGUAUUAGCCAAUCAAUCAAUCUUUGAAAUUGCUCAUUAUCACUCCUCACGACUAACACGACUGAUUCGCAGGAGGUCGUUCCCCUGCGUUUCAAUGAUGAAUGCCAACAAUCUGCUUCAGCUGAGAAUCUGCCAUGCAGAUGCAGAAAACUGUGCCUGUUAAAUGAAACAGCUGGCUAAAAUCAAAAUGUCAACGUGUCCUUAAAAAGGAGUAGCCUUCUUGAUAUUGCACAGAGGGCAAUAUUGAGGUCUUUUCUGAGGUCUUAAAGUUUUUGUUCUGAUGUGUUCAAGCAAAUGUGUAAUUUUGGGCUUGAUGAGACAAGAACUCACAGGGAAAUAAGGACUUGUGGCAGUCUAAAUGUCCUGAUAUUCCCUGAGCCUUGAGUAUGACUGGGUGGAAAACCAGUAAAGCAACUCUACACUCAUUAACAGCAAUAGUAUUAGUCAGCUUGUUCUGUCUCCUGUGACGUGUUGAUUAGUAACAUUUGCUGUUACUGUAAUAGUAUUUGUACUUAUUUUCAAACUUGACUUCUGCUCUGUGCUACGAGCUGUCUCCAGCAGCACCAAUGAAUAUCUUUUUGGAAUGAAAUAAAGUAGACCCGCAACAAUUACUUGAUUAAUCAAUUAGUUGAUCGAAAGAAAAUAAUCUGCAACUAUUUUAAUAUUCAAUUAAUUGUUUCAGUCAUUUUUCAAGCAAAAAUGCCAGAAAUCUGCUGGUUCCAGUUUAAGGUGAGGAUUUUCUGCUUUUCUUUGUCAUAUCUAAUAACAAAAGAAAUAUCUUUGGGUUUUGGUAUGUUGGUCAGACAAAACAAGACAUCCAAUCGGAAGAUUAAUUGAUACUGAAAAUAAUCGUUAGUUGCAGCCCUACAAGAAAGUUAUCCAGUUAUGUAACUGUACAUCUUGGCUGCAGAUGGAGAUAAGUUCAUCAGACCUUGAUGCAUGUACAACAUUUUGAACCACUAAAAUCACAUCAAAACAAAACAAGAAAUUGUGUAGCUACAUUUGAAUCCAGUUAAAAACCACGUGCGUGCAAAUUUUCAAAUCACUAUAGCAAUAUAGAUUUAUAGUGUCCAAGUUUUAAAAAAUGGGUAAUGCUGUAAUUUAUGGAAUGAAGUGGUAGAUGGAGCUUGUGAGGUCGCCGAACCUGUUAAUUGACGUGUCUCAGAUGAGAAACAUCCAGCUAAUUAGUGACCCAUUGAGAAGUUGCACUAAGCCACAAUUUCUCUCUCCUCCAAGUUGUGCUGAAAUGUGUCUUAGAAAUGUAAGUAUAAUAUGCACUGGUGCUGCUGCAGACAGCUUAUAGUGUUAACUGUUGUCCACUCAUUUUGUGGUGUGUUUUGCUAAUAUUUCUUAUAUGUCUUUUUGUAUCACAACCUCAAUUCAGUUAAUAUGACCUGUUUUACAUAUCUACUUCAUAUAGUCGACCCCAGAGAACACCAUGUUACUAAUAGUCUGUAUUCAGACCAAAUCAGGUGUUCCAGCGAUUAGCCGCAUGGUUGUGCAGCGGUGUGGGCGUGUUUAUUUGUGCUUUAGAACAUAACCGCUGUGAAACACUCAUAUAACGUUUUAUUUCUCUGAUUCACCGGCUUUCUCGCUACUGGUGCUCCCUCUCCUGUUUCACUCUUUUGGUCACUCGACCACCGCUGUCUCUCUGUGUCUCUCUCAAGCUAAUGAACACAAACCUAAGGAAGCUUCUUGGUAUUGUUAUUUUUCAGCAUAAACUGCAAGCCGAAUACAGACGUUGAAGCUGGGUACAUGAAAUAAACCAAGUGAUGACACAACUGGGAGAGUAUCAUAGUUUGGUCCAUGAACUUGCCUGGUUCCCUCCUGGUUUCAGUGAUAUUUCAGGCUGACUGUGGAGCAGUUUGAUCGGUCUUAUCGCUGGAUUGGCCACUACAGUGUGACAUUGCGUUGCAUUUUUCCAAAAGUUGAUUCUGUUUCAACUUUUCCGCUGCAGGUCACUGCAUUUUUUUCGGCAUCCCACCGCCAUAGCCUAAAGUGACUACCCCCACUCAAAUGAAUUGGAGGACUGGCGUUUUCGCCGCAGAGCCUGAUUUAGGGCCGAUUCAGACCAAAUCAGGCAAAAAUACAGAGACCUGUGGCUGUUGCCAGUUGUGUCCUUGCUUGGUUUAUUUCGUGUACCCAGCGUCGAUGUCUGUGUCUGGCUUGCAGUCUAUGCUAAAAAAUAGCGAUACCAAGAAGCUUCCUUAGGUUUGUGUUUAUUUGUUUGAGAGAGACCGAGAGACAGCGGUGGUUGAGGACCUAGAGAGUGAAUGAGGAGAGGGAGCGCGGAUAUCGAGAAAGCUGGUGAAUCAGAGAAAUAAAACAUUAUUUUCUGACUGUUUCACAGCAGUAACGUUCAAAAGCACAAAUAAACACACUCACACACUGCCACACAACCAUGCGCCUACAGGGUCGCCACAACGCCUGACUUGGUCUGAAUAUGGCCUUAUACUAGAAAAGAACUGGUUUGUACAAUGUGUUGUCCACAUGGCCACACUAGAAGGCGGAGUGAAAUAUGGGGAUAACGAGGCACAUUUUCAAACAGUCUCUCCUGGAGGACUUUCAUAGUGUUGCACUUGGUUGUUCACGUAAAAGAUUACAGAAAUACUUGUGCCAAGAAUGGGGGGAAAGAAAAGCAAGAGAGAGAAGUUCAAUCCCUGGCUCCUUUCUCACCUCCACACAGCUGGUCAAUCAUGCUGUGAAGUGGGUGUAAAUGUCAGAUCGUCUGAUACAGAAAUCUGACCUUGGAAAGGUGUGUGGGGAGAUGGAGUAUACUGGCCCCUUCAGUGUAACCACUACCUCCACAGUGAUCAAAACUUAGUGUCCGUCACCAAGUUAUUAAUGUUGUAAAGACUGGUUUUAAUGUUGGAAAAAUACUGACUGAAAGAGAAAAUUAUUUGGCUAACUAGUGCUCGAGAUUAUUUUGAUGUGUUAUAAAGCGUCAUUGUGUUCACCUCUGCUAACAAAGUGGAGAUUUAUAGAUUUAUCUGAAGAGAUCUGUUUCUACAGUGUUUUGAUAGUUGAAUCUCAUAGCUGUGUUAUCAAAAAAUCAAGGUGACGGCCCACUCCAUGCCUUCUGUCCCACACUGAUUAAAUCUGUUAAAACAUAAAUAAAUGUCACAUAGUUUCUUGUUGGGAGUUUGACUCUCUAUGUAUGUAAUCAUAGGUGGAAUCAGGUUGUAAAGACUUGGGAGAUUGUUUGAGCUUGGGAGAUCAACUCAACAGAAUCGUCUUUUGUCCACUUUGUGUUACACCCGGUCACGUGUUGUUGUGAUCCAAGUUGUCUGUUUGGCUUCAGUCACACAAAAUAAGAAAUGCUGACAUGAUGGAGGCCUUAACAUUUUGCUUCCAAAGACACACCAAAUGUUAACUGUUGUGGGCAAAAACGUCUCUGUGGUCUUUAAGAUAUCAGGUGCUUCACUGUACAGAGUUUUUAUGAAUUGUUAUCUGUUGGAAAGUUUAAACUUAAAAUCCAUCAUGGCCUUCAACAGUACUUGGCAAGUUGAAAACAGAUUGUCCUACUGUGCUCCUUUAUUCCUAUGUCCAUCUCACCACAAGGUCCACUCAGUAGCUAUUAUGGAGCUGUCGAUUGUAUCACAUGAUCAUGAUCAGCAGAUGGAGUUUGCUCAGUUGUCAUAGAAUUUUUUCUGACUUCUCAUCCAUGUCGGCUUAAAAAUUGAGGUUGAAAGUUAAUUGUUUUUGCUGUUUCCAAGGUCAAGAAUGAACUUUCAAUCUCAUUUUUUAAGCCAAUAUGAAUGAAAAUGAUGAAGUCCUUAAAGUACUCCAGCGCCAUCUGCUGAGGAAUAUGGUGUGAUACAAUUGAAAGCUCCAGAGCAGCUACUGAAUGGACCUAGCUGUGAUAUUGUUUUUGUUAAAAAGCCAGAUGAUCUUGUCCCUUCAAAAAGCAAAAUAUCAAACCUAUCAGACAUCUGCUGUUAUGAAUUUGAGUCAAACUGUAAGCUGGAAAGAAGAAAUGUAAUUUAAUUGGCUGGUGAAAUUAUUGGUCAACAACGUAGAGAUUUUGUACUUCUCAUGAAGUAGUUUUUCAUUUUCAAGGACCUGUGUUUUUAGCCAUUUAAGAUCAUAUAUAUGGUACUUCACAUAACCCUACUGUAACUUUUACAACAGUGAAAGCAGGCACACUUUGAUGGAUUGUUUCAGGUGUCUACAGUUUGAUUUGCAUAUGAACAGGAGAUGAACAGAGACCAACAGCUGCCUGCUGGAAAGAUAAACAGAAAAUAGUUGGCUGCACUGUGAUCAAUCAGCAGGAGCACCUUGUUCGCUGUCUGAUAUUUCAACUUUCAUUGUAUAUAAGUUUUGUAGUCCAUCAGUAGUUAAUGGUUAAUCAAUUAACAGGCUUGUUGAUGGAGCAAGAACUGGGAUGUUUUGGGGGACUCACAGCGUGUGACUUUAAAGAUGGUCGUAUUACUGUAACCUCAAUGAUAACCUGGUCUGAUCAGCACAGCAGUGCUUGGAAAUCUGAACCAUGAAAGUGACAAAGUUUUUACUUUACUGUGGAAAUGUCAUUGCAGCUGAAGUAAGCCAUGUAUUUAAAAAGACCUCCAGCAAAACACACACACACACACGCGGUUUAUCAGUGUGUAGAUGUCACUGCUACAUAGACACUGCUUUAAGUGACAGAAGAUGAUCUAAAUUGGUCUUCAGUUGAUAUGCAGAGUGUCUAUGGGAGAAAGCUUUAUUAACAAAUGUUAAGUUAAUAUUUUUUCUUAAAAUCUGUUUUGGCAUAGUGUUUGAUUUGUUAGACGAAAGGAAAGCAUGGAAACAGAAGAUGAGUUUAAAAGUUACAUUUUUAAAAAAAAAUGUAUUCAGCUUGUUCAUAUUUCUGAUGACCAACAUCAUUUUGUUAAAAGGCCACCAGAAUUUCUAACUGAUCAUUUCAAGUUGUGGCAGAAAUCUGAGCAUGUUAUUUUGAGUUUUGUUUAUAGUUAUUAAAUGGGAUGAUAAAUAACGAGGUGUGUUUGUUUUUAUAAAAGCAAGAACACAGGAGGAACUGCUGUAAAUGUGGGACGGAGCAUGGAGAUGUUUGAAGUAAACGCUGUGAAAUGGCUCAUCCGACGCCGUUGGUGCUCCCACUUUUAGACUAAAGCGUACGCCGAGCGCUGCUAGAGAGCUUAACAGAGGAUUAAUUUAAAAUUGUCACUUUGUGACAGAAUCUAAUGUAUUAAUGUAACUCAGUUUAGACUGAAGAUGACCAAGCGCUGCACAGUGUGUUUUUGUUGUUCAGUGUAAACUCACAUGUAACACUCAGUCAAGGAAAAUCUAACAUUCAUUCACACAAAUGUCUAUAUCAGCUUGAGAAAUAAACAGUUUAACUGAAACCUAUUCUGGGAUACAUGUUGAAAUGUCUUAACGCCUGUUGUAGAAGGAUGUCCUUUUAUUUUAUUUUUUAAAUGUUUAAUUUGUUGACUGUUUUGUUAUUGUUACCUGAAUUGUUUUUUGUCCAACAUCAGCCAUGCUUAUUUCUCUAACUGUUCACUAACUGGUUUUUAAGCAGGACUGAUCAUUUUGUUCUUUUUUGUGAUUGGGUUGACACUUUAAAUAACUAACAGUUAAGUUUCUCCUUUGAACUGCUGUUUUGCUUUUUUUAAAAUUGCAUAUUUGUCUGUUAGUUGGAAUUAAGUGAUUGAUAUGAGUGUUGCUAUUGGGAUUGAUCUGGGUACAGGGUAUCCAUCUAUUGAAUGGAUGAGAUGAUUUUACAUUAUGCAAAAAGCUAGAAUUAAAUUGGCACUUGUACAGCAAUUAAAAUGCUUAUUACGUUAA